AGCGCCGCUCCCGCCGCGCCCGCGAUGUCGCUGCUCCGCGGGCCGCGGCCCCGCGCCGCCGGCAGGAAGGGCCCCAGGAAGGCGGCGGCGGCCAGGCGGGACUGGGAUAGUACCGUCCAUGAUUUGACAGUGCACCGUGCAACUCCUGAGGAUAUCCUCCGUCGCCGUGAAAUACACAAAUCAAAAAACAAAGCCUUGGCACAUGUGGAACUCCAAGAGAAAGCACUGAACAGAAAAUGGAAGAAGCAAAGGCAAAUGGAUGCAGAUUCCUUGGAGAAAAGGAAGCUGGCUCUGAUGCGUGAGAUUCUGUCUGAUCAGUACCAUUGGCAAGAUGUAUUGGAACGAUCUGGUCAGGUUAUAGCUGUGGCAAAAGACUUGCUUGAGGCUGCUCCUCGCACACGAACAGGUUUUCCUAAUGUAACAAUGGCUCCUAACUGUGACUUAGAAUCAUCUCAAGGACCCAUUGUACAAAAAAGUCAUCCUCCCAGCCAGCUUUCUGUCCUUAGUGAAUCUGUCAUGGAUUCCCAGGCUCUUAAUGAAAAGGAGGAGGAAGCAUUAGCAGAAGAUGGACACCAUGAUGUUUUGGGUUUCAAAUCCAGGAUCAAUUCUGACAGGCUACUUCGGUUGUUGAGAAAAGAAAGUUCUUUGGUGAAUUCUCCAUUGUGGGUUGAAAAGGAUAUGAGAAAAUCCACCUUAUCACAGGAAUCCAAUGUGCCUUGCACUCCAACAACUGUUUCUCCUUCACUGGAUCACUCAGCUCUCAAUGCUACCAGUGUAAUCAAGAGAACCCAUUCAAGACUUCGAAAUGAAGAUGAAGAAGAGUCUGUAGACUCCAGUGACACUGUGAGACAAGUGCUGAACCCAAACUCAAGAAAACAAAAGCAAAUUGCAGCAAAGAUGAAAAGAAAGCAAGCUGAACAGAACUCUGCAAGACAGAAGAGAGGUGAUUCUCCAGCUAAUUUAAUCCAGACUGACCUUCAGAGGGACAGCAAACCCAGCCUAGAUGUUCUCAGCCACAUGAUCCAGGAAGUAGAGCGUGAACUGGAGGAAUAUGAACGAUGUACAGGUCGUGAGGUCCCAAAAAAAGAGAGGAGUGAAGGCCUGUCUGGGUUUACUCUGUCACUGGUGAACGCUCUCUGUCGCUUGAUGCGCUACCUCAAAGAGGCUGAAAUGCAGCUGCAUGAGAAAGAGAUGGUGAGGCAGCAGCAGAAGGAGAUGUUGAAUGAACACAGAGAGCUGAUUGAUGCUCUGACUGCUGAGGUUCUUCAAGUAAGGGAAGAAAACAUUACUAUACAGAAGAAGCUUCAGCAAUACAUGACAGUAACAGAUCAAAAGCUGAUGUGCCUCACACAAGCAUUUAAAGGCCUCCCUUUGGUAGAACCUGAAAGAGAACAAAGUCCAGAACAUUUUGGAAUUGCAAGCAGAGGCCCAGCAAACAGCCAAGAAAAAACUGAUUUGACCUACUCUGAGGCCAAGACUGGAGCAGGCAAUAGGGAAAAUAUGCUGAAAUUUCCACAGGAAGAACUUCCUUUCACCUAUCACCCAGGGCCAGGUGCCUCAGCUGAUAUGAGACCUGGUAGAAGCUUCCCAGCUCAUGUCUUCCAGCCAGCUGUGCUGUUGUCCCCACCACAGCAGAAAAGCACUCAGGAAUUGUCUUCCCUCCAGAAUGUGUUUGCAGCCAUUUCCCAGUCUACUGAAAGAGAGCCAUGCAAGGAAAGGAGCUUACCUUCCUCCCUGAGGACACAGAUCACAACUGAGGAGAACUGCCCCAUCUCUCAAGGGCAGCCAAUUCCUCCUGCAGACAAAGAAUUGGAGAGUUCCCAUGACAAAACCCAUCUGUCCUGCCCAGGUGACACUGGAAAAAACAGCACAGCUGAAGAGUUCCUUCGAAAUGGUGAUCUGCUGGGACAGAUAGCUGAGCUCACACGGCAGAAUGCUCUAAUGAAAGCUCAACUGAGCAAAUUCAGAGGUGCCUCUGGAGACAAAAGUGAUUGUCUGCUUCAGCCAGACUUGACACAAAAUACAGAUCCCAGUCCAGAGUCUUCACAAGGACAGAGUCAUCUCAUGGUAUCAAGGAGCUUGGAGGAAAGAAUAGCGGAGCUGACUCGCCAGAGUACAGAAGCACGGGAUAAACUGUUGCAGUUGAUAGACCAGCAGAAAUCAGCUGCUGCUGAUAUGGUCCCUCCAGUGCUGUCUCCUGUUCUAACCCCAUCCCUGAAUUACACUGAAAAUGCAAGGAGGACAGCUGAAAUGUCUGUUCCCAUGGCAGUGGCUACAGACAGCUCCAAGGAUGACAGUGUUCCCCAUGCCCGUAUGACCAGUAUAAGAAGGACUGUAGGAGACUCCAGCAAACCUUUAAGUGCCACAUCAGAAAGUACCAAAUUAACUUCUGUCAGUCAAAGACCAAAGAUAGAAAAGCAGAAAGAAGAAGGAUGGUUUGCAUUGUCAAUGCAUAUUAUGUAAAGCAAGCUGACCUCAAGUCCUGUAUUUUUAAAAUAUUUUUAAUUAACUACAAAUAAAUUACAAUAUCUCUCUACA